AACCCGAAAUGAAGCGGAAGUGGUUUUAAUUUUAGUUUAUACUUUGAAAUAUUAUAUUUCCUUUGGAUUUGUCUUGGCUUGUUGAUGUGGUAUUAUUAGGUUUAAGUUAUGGAGUCAACAGUUUCAGUUUCAAAGGGUGUGUUUCUGUUUCCUAACGGAUACAAAAAGCAAAAACAAUCAAAGAAGGUACCAAAAACACUGUUCGAGAAGUUAUUUACAAAAGAACUUUGGUACAUAACCUUUAAGAGAAAUUGGAAUUUUAUCAAUAGUGAAAUACAAGACCUAAACAACAGGACAUACAGUGAGUUGUUGAAUGAUAUAGUCCACUACAUAUUGUCAGUAUACCAAGCCAAUGAGGCCAUCACACAAGAUAGUAUAAUACCAAGUGCCACUCUACUUACUGGGGUGAAUCAACCUGACCAUGUCUUACAGUUUCGAGCUCUUAUUGAGAAGAUUAGGAAUGAAGUGACCCCACAUAUAGCAAUGGUGAACUCACAGGACGCUUCAACAUUAAAACAUCUGGUUGAGAAUGCUGUUUGGCAGUUAAUACAUGGGCAUGAAACUGUGGAUGCCACUGAAGAUGAUGAAAUUCUAUGCAGCCCAUCAAAAAAGCUACGAAAGAGUCUCUGUACCAUGAAAGCACUAAAGAAAUGGUACAAUACCAUUUCCAGCAGUUCUUCACCAAAGAAAAAGAGGCACGGAAUAAUUAAGAGAACUUUAGUCAUCAUUAUUCCUGAUUUUGAAAGUUUCAACAGCAAUGUUUUGCAAGAUUUUGUUAUGAUAAUCAGUUCCUAUGUACCCACACUGCCCAUAGUGCUGAUUUUUGGCGUAGCGACGUCAGUAUCGGCAUUGCAUAAGUCGUUUCCUUACCAUGUCUCAUCCAAACUUCUGAUUAAGGUUUUCCACUCGCACUCAUCACCCGCUUACAUGAAUCAGGUAUUAGAAGACAUUUUUCUUACACCUCGAAGUCCCCUGCAUCUCUCAGGGAAAGCGUUCGAGUUACUUACAGAUGUGUUCCUGUUCUACGAUUUUUCUGUGACAGGACUUUUACAAAGUAUCAAGUACUGUAUGAUGGAUCAUUAUUACGGCGACAAUAUGAAAUCUCUAUGUUGCGAACGUGACAAAAUAGAAGAAGUGCUCGUGGAUUUAACUACACAAGAUUUGGAAAACAUCCGGCAACUACCCUCCUUUCGGCCGUUUGUCGAAGCACAACACUAUGAAACGCAAAUCAAAUUAUUUGAAGAUGAUAGUUUCUUCAAAGAAAUAUUAUACAGGGAAAUGAAUAAGCUUCAUGAUUAUUUGAACAGUUUUUACAUUUGCGUGCGAUUGCUCGCGCUUUUUGUAAAGGACUUGCCAAAGAAUUUACUUGGAAAAACGAUGCGUGAAAUAUUCGCGAAAUGUGCCAAUGACUGUGUAGCCUCUACACAAGAUUUCGCGGAUUGCAUGCAGCUUUUAGAAUUCCAAUCACAAGUGAAGUUAGUGGAAACAAUUAAAAGUGCUUUAAAAGUCAUUAAUUCUGCAUUAAAAAUAGUCUCUCCGGUAAAACCUUUGCGAUCAACGCCUACGAAGAAUAAUAUGGAAAAUAUUAAUCUUAGUUACGAUUUGGGAGACAAUUUUGUAAAGACUGUAAGAGUGCAUAUGGUGAUGUUCCUUAAGCAAAUAGAAAAUGCAAAUACGGAGGCGACAAUCUCUACCACGUCGAUGGGUAACGAGAUUGACGUGGACGUUACUCCUGAUAAUAGAUACAAACUUAAAGAGAAACUACUCCAAGCGACAAGAGUAGACAAGAUCCAAUCAGAGUUUGAGAUGAUUCGUUCCCGCUUAGUAAGUUACCUCGAAGAAAUGUUCAGCAAAGGGUUGCAGCCUCCGGGACAGCAGCCGUUUUACGAGAUACUAUUCUUCAGCGACGUAGCCAGUGUUAAGAAGCAGAUAGUAGGUGCACCAAGGGGCGCCUUGCAUACUGCUCUGAGCAAUCCUGUGCAUUAUUUGCAGUGCUCGUGCUGCCACUUGCCGACAUCUGAAAGCAUGACGGACAGCCUCCCGGAUGUGUGUCUAGCGUACAAGUUGCAUCGUGAAUGUGGCAAGCAUAUUAAUCUUUACGACUGGCUACAAGCGUUUGCCGCUGUACUCAAACCCGAAGAGGACGAUGAGCUAAGGCACCAGGAUCCUAAGAUUCAAGCUCGCUUCACUCGUGCGGUAUCGGAACUGCAGUUCCUCGGAUUUAUCAAAGCCUCCAAAAGAAAGACUGACCACGUUAUGCGCCUCACUUGGUGAUCUACUAGUAAUUAUUAACUUUAUUUUGAUUACAUAAUCAUGU